AAUGAUCAUCAUUUUCAUAUUACUGGCUAUUAUUUUAUUCACACUUUUCUCCAUUCUUCAGGUUCUCGAGAAACGGCGUUCGUGCAAGCCCUCACUGCCGCAAGUGUGAUGAUGGAAAUAUCCCAAGCAUGCGCAGCAAACGGCAAAAAAGGAAAACCAUGUGGCUGUGGUUCACAACCAAAAUCGAAACGUCGGUCAAAUAACAGUAAAAGAAAACCAAGAGAUGUUAACGAAUUUUGGCAAGGUUGUCCUCAUAACCUACAGUAUGGCUUUUAUUUUGCCAAGCGAUUUAUGGAUCCACGUAGUGACAAACCACGCGCGGAAGACACGCGCUCACAACCAGGAGGUCGGACGAAAGCUGGUACGAAAAUUAAGAGUAAAAAUGUAAAUGUCCGGACACAUGUGCUUACAAAAUAUGUUGGUAUGUCACGCCGCCGAUCACGAACGUCGGUGAUCAUUUGUGGAAGAUGUACAACAGAUCCGUACGCUCGCAGUGGAACCAAACAUCCAACUCUCUUGUACAGGAAAGAUCGCUCGCGACGUGAGAAAAUCACGUCGACCAAACUUACCUAUUUCGCGCCCUCAGAGAACUUUUGCCAGCGCAAUCUUCACAUGAGCAUCAUGGGAACGCGUGGUCGCCAAUGCAACAGCACGUCAACCGGGAGCGACAGCUGCAAGUCUAUGUGCUGCGGUCGAUCUUUUAAGACAAAAUACGUAAAACGGAAAGGAAAGUGUAACUGUAGAUUUGUUUGGUGUUGUCAAGUCGAAUGUGAUCAGUGUGAUAUCAACGUUAAAGUUGAGACUUGUUUAUAGACCUGUAUUGCUUUCUUUUGUUAUUUUGUUUCAUUCUGAAUUUGCUGUUUUUUUCAAUACCCUAUGAGUCAGUUACAAUGACAACUAUAUUUCAUACAUGUAUGCUUGGAAGUGAAAACUAUUUAGUAAACGCUAAAUUACAAUGUGUCAUUAUCCAUCACAUGACGUUUUUGCGACAUUUUCGCACAAGGGCAUCAAUAGAAGUUAUUCAAAGAAAGUUUCACUUCUAAGCAUUCUCGAAACUCGCAAACCCAUGAUUGGAGCUGAUCAUGUAGAGAAAUGCAUGACAGUGAGCAAAAAUUCCUUGGAUAAGCACCACUACGACACUUAUCUAAGCUUUCAGUUUUCGUUUGACGAUGUGUUUGCAAUUUUCUUCAACAAAUUUUACU